AAACUAGCAAAAUAUAUUCUCCAAAGAUACUUUGUAACCACUAUAGAUCCAUCAAAAUCUCAAAAACCAAAGGCUAUUAUCCCAUAAUCCCCCAAAACCAAGAAAUAUCAAUGUCAAAAAACAAUACAAUCCCCCUAAAACCAAUAAACAUCAGUGUCAAAAAUCAACAUUUUAUUUAAACCAAGAAAAAGGCUAUAGAUUCCCACAACUUUGCUCUUACAUCAUUCCAAAAUCAUUUCACCUUUUUCCCUUUAAAUUAUACCCUUUAGUGUGAAAACAACAUAUAGAAAUCUUCACUUUCUCUAUUUAACUCAUACUAUCUACUGAUUUGUGAUUUCACCAAAAAAAAAAAUUUGUUAAAGAUUGGCACAUUUUCAAGUUCAGUAUUCAUUCGAUUUUUGAUAUCUACAUAAAAAAAAAGUGUCCUGGUACUACUCAAUAUUCCUCAGAACGACUUCAUAUUCAGGUCUCGAAUUCAAAACCUCACAUCAAGAUUCUUAGGAAAUUUCAAGAUUGGUUGAAAAACUCAUAUCCUUCUCUAAGUUUCAAGAUUGGUUCCAAAUUAAAACUCGAGACUUCUGAGUAAGAGCGUACGACUAGUAAUGAACAUGGACAUGGAAUCAUCAGAGGCAAAAUUGAGAUCAUCAAAAGGGUUUAUUAAUUUGGAGGAACAUCAACAAUAUUUCAACAACAUUAUGGAAGGCAAUAAGAUGGAGCAUAAGAGAUCAUUUACACAAGGACAUGGCAAGAAAAUGUUGUCAAUGAAUUAUUUUAGCUUAGAGUCAAUUAUUUUGUUACUUGGUCUUACAGCAUCUUUGUUACUUUUGCCAUUGAUGCUUCCACCAUUGCCACCACCACCUUUUAUGUUGUUGUUAGUCCCAAUUUUCAUUCUUGUUGUUCUUAUGAUCUUAGCUUUUAUGCCUUCUAAUGUUAGGAAUGUGACUUGCUCAUAUCUUUAAUUGUGUGGUUUAAUUUAGAAGAAAAUAUCAAAGUAGAUUCACUUGUUUUUUACAUAA